CCCCCCUCCAAAAAGAAAUCCUCCACCCCCUCCCCAGGUGGUAAAUAAUGAUUGGUCCCUAAAUAUCUAAUUUAAACUGAACUGACAUAUUCCAGACGACGUCUUGUCUGUCCCUCAUUGUUCUCCCACUUUUUCUCAUUAGGAUACAUUUUCCUAUAAGGUUUCAAGUUUAAAAAGACACCAUGACGUCCGCUGUUAGGGUUAUCGAACAGAUCAACGAGCAGCUGAUGUGCGCCAUUUGCUUGGAUCGCCUGACUGCUCCAGUAUUCCUACAAUGCCUGCACACAUUCUGUUCACACUGUUUACACAGAAUCGUGAACAAUCACCCGUCAUCCUCGAUUACCUGCCCCACAUGCCGUGCUGAGACCCCGAUCCCGGACAAAGGAGUCGAUACGCUAAUGCCAAAUUUUUUUGUGAAUCAAAUGUUGGAUCUGGUUCACUUGACAUCAGAAGAACUAAAGAAGGAAAUACGCGAGGAUAAGAAGUGCCACGCCUGCGAUAACGCGAAAACAGCGGACUUGGCCACUUCACGAUGCGUGGACUGCAAAAAGGACUUGUGCACGAGUUGCGUGGCAGAGCACAAGCGGGCGCAUUCCACGCACGACCAUAGGAUAAUUGCCACAGAAGAUGACUGUCAGCAGGAGAGUCAAGAGCUGGAUAGAUAUAGCUUAUCCUUUUGCAAGUACCAUACGAGGAAUGUCAUCAAGUAUUUUUGCAAUACGUGUGAUGAAGCUAUUUGUCGUGUUUGCACAAUUCUAGAGCACCGAGAACACCAAUAUGUCUACCCUAAGGAAGCUUUGCCGGCCAGAAGGGGCGCCAUUGCAGAGCAGCUAGAACAAGCUAAGAUACGCAUGCCUGAGUUGAAGAAAACGCUGUCCGAAGUGCAAGUAAUGUCAAAGAGGCUCACAGAGUGUAGAGAAGCGAUUGCAAAGGAAAUCAGCGAGAACGUGCAGGCGCGAAUUGAAGCGCUGCGUGAGGGUCAAAACGAGCUCUUGAAGCACUUGGAUCAAAUUCAUGAUGGGAAGCAGAAGGUGUUGGGUUUGCAAAAGGACAGUAUUGAGUUGGAACUAGGCAAGCUUGCAGGUUGCUGCGAGUUUGCUGACAAUGUCUUAAAGUUCGGAAACGAAGUAGAGGUUUUGCAGAUGAAAGGGCGCUUAGAAACCUUGAAUGGCGUUAAGAUUCAGUUCGAGCCCGAAGAAGAUGACACAAUUCAAUAUGUUCACGAUCCCGCCACAACGAAGACUGUGUCGGAGUCACUCGGGAGCAUCCGGGCAAGUAGCACUUUUGCCUCGAUUUCAUACGCUAGCGGAGACGGAAUCCAUACCGCGCGUGUCAAAAUGGAGACAACUUUCCGGCUGACCACAAAGGAUCGACAUGGCAAGAGGUGCAAAGGAGGAGACAGGGUCACAGUGGAUAUAAAACAACCCGAUGGAAUUCCUCUGGCGUCAACGAUCAGGGAUGAAGGAGAUGGCACCUAUACUGUGACUUACAUGCCAGAAGUGAAUGGUAAACAUGAAGUAUCUGUCGCCAUUCAGGACAAGCCGAUCAUGGGGAGCCCUUUCACUGUGCUUGUUGUCAACCGCCGAGAAUAUGCCGACGUCGGCCCGACGCUUCAUCGAUUUGGUCAGUAUGGCAGCAAAAAGCGUGAGUUUAAAUCCCCAUUCGGAGUGGCGGUUGACAACGAGAGCUACAUCUACGUAGCCGAUAGCUACAAUCACCGGAUCCAAAUAUUCGGUCCACGGGGAGAAUUUGUUUCGCAGUUCGGUUCCCAUGGAGAGCGCAAAGGAGAGUUUAACUGCCCGACGGACGUCGCCAUGGACAGUAAGGGAAGAAUCGUUGUCUGUGAUAAUGGCAAUAAUAGAAUCCAGGUCCUUAGUCGGAAUGGCGCAUUUAUCGGAAAAUUUGGUCGUGAAGGUACGGGAAACGGUUACUUUAAGUCCCCCUGGGGGGUUGCGACCUCCCGAAAGAAUGAUAUCUUAGUUGCCGACAUGGAGAAUCACCGGGUGCAAGUUUUCUCCUCCGAAGGGAAAUUCUUGACAAAAAUUGGCUGUUUUGGCGAUCGCCCCGGGCAGUUUAAUUCUCCGUGCUACCUCCUUGUCAAUCCGGAAGAUGACCAUAUGUUCGUGUCCGACUCUAAAAAUCAUCGCAUCCAAGAGUUUGACAAAAAUGGGAAAGUUCUCCGGCAGAUUGGAACCCAAGGAACAGGAGAGGGGCAGUUUUCACACCCCCGAGGGCUUGCCAUCGAUAUCGCCGGCAACCUUGUGAUAGCUGACAUGGGAAAUCAUCGUUUGCAGAUAUUGGCUGCGAGCGGUAAGUUUGUAAAGGAGGCUGGUUCCGAGGGUAGCGGAGACGGACAGUUGUCUUUUCCAGAGAGCGUUGCGAUAAUGCCAAACAGGGGAUACAUUGUUGUGUCAGAUUUAAGCAAUAACCGCAUUCAAGUGUUUUAAGGAGAAAAUUCAUAGCAACUUAUUAAACUCUUAGUUAAAUGGAGAAUGGCUCGUAUAUUCACCUUUGCGGCUUAAUUGUAAGGGUAGCAUGUAGGUUUUUUUUUUCCUGCAAAACAUAAGGUGCUACCAACGUUGCCUUCUUAUUAGAAGAAAAUAGUAAAUUCAUUAUUUCCAUCGUAACUGUAACAGAUUUACGGUUUCCCUUUUUUCCAGAAACCGGAGUUAAGCACCGGCCUAAUGGGCCACUAGGCUCGUAAACAGAGUUACUUUACCUUUUUUCCAUGACCCCUUCCCAUUUUGUUAGAACUUUGAUAACAGAAAGAAGAGCCGAGUAUAGCCGCCACAAAGAUUUUAGGAUAAAUUCAUUAGUGUCAUUGCUGAGACCAUAUAUGAUGUAAUGUGAUUCUACGUGAUAAACGUUAAUUCAAGAACAGAUGCAAGAAAGAAUUAUUUCACGACAGAAAUAAAAAAAAAAUAAAGAAAAUAAGGUAAAAAAAGAGAAGUGUGAAGAAAUAAAGCUUAAAGGCAUCAGGGAUCCUUUUGUGUAUACGAUGUAUGUUAUUAAUAAUGCAUACAGAGCGCUUUCGACUGAGUAUCCCAUUACAAAACCAAGGUAAUCUUAAACAGCAAAUGAGAACUCAGAGCAAAACCACGCGAACAGAGAAUGCGAGUAACUAAGGUGUGAAAAGUUUAAGAGGUGUUGCAUGCGAUUGGCUGAGAGGUCAUAGCACAAGUUUUCUGAACCAAUCACGGCGUGGUAAUGCUAAGCCAUACAGUCCAAGAUUCCUUUCGACACUUGGCUGAAAGUUGGGAAAAACUACUUAAAGCACUAGCCUAGGACAGGCUGAAGGAGAAAACAAUUCUAAUAAGUUAAUAAAUUAAAUAUAUGAAAAUUUAUCGAUGUAUGUAAUUUUAACUUCUCUGAUCUUUAUAUCUAUUUACGAGUCGUUAAUUUUUAUUUAUUGUCUUAUUAACUGAGUUCAAUGUUAUCUAUUGUACGAACAUCUCAUUGUUGUCAUUACAAGUAAUGUGGUGUUUUAUGGCAAGUAAUUAAUGUAUUGGUACUAGGUUAAACUAUUUAUUCUUAACUUUUAUUACACAAUGUAAAAAAAAUAUAAAUAAGAACAGUUAGCACACAAUUGAAACUUAGCAAAUUUGGAUCACACCUCAUUUAGGAAGUGAAAUUUACCAAUUGACCAAACAAUUUCAACAAUAUUAUACUUCCUUUUUGUAUGCAGAGUUUAUUUUGUUAAGACUAUUUACAUGACAGUUCACUUGAUUCCAAUAUAUUCAAAAUUCCAGUCAAGAAUUGUAUAAACUGACUCUUAGUUACCGAAUCAAAUUUGUGUUGUUUGGCACCAAACUUGAAAUUAUGAUCGUUAUCAGUAGGGUAAAUCACCUCUCUUUCUGGCAUAGACAAACCCAGAGACAUGAACUAUUCAGAUGUAACCUUGCAAGGAUGUAUAUUCUAUAUGAGCUAAUAAAUCUAAAAAAUCA